AGCCCACCGCCCUUUCCUCCAGCGACCGGCCGGCCUUCCCUGCAGCCUCGGCCUCGAUGCUGUCUCGUCGCUUCUUCGUCGCCGGCUGCGCCCUGCUCUGGCUCGUGCUGGGCCUGGCCCACGCCGCCAAGAACAUUUAUUCCACCGAGAUCACCCCCGCCAUCGACCUGAGCAAGUUUGCUUUUUACGAGGAUCGUUUCACCAAUGACGGCACGCCGUCGCCCAUGAAGCUGUUCUGGAGCAUCGAAAACCAAACCACCCUCCAUGGCGUCAUAACCUUACAACCGACGAUUGUGUCUCCUGGCCAGCCUGUGACAAAUGCUUGGGUCGGCUUUGGACUGGGCGAGUCCAUGCUCACGGCUGACCUGUUCUUGGUCUGGGCCAACAGCAGUGGCCCCGUCAUCUUGGUCGAAGCCACGUCCGGCGGGCAGUACGGACCGGUGGUCAAGCUCAACCCGGGUGUGAUGACGGUUCUCUCGAGCUCGCAAGCCAACAACACUCUUAUGCUGGAGUUUACUCGGCCACUCCUGCCCAGCGACCCUCACAGAAUGGCAAUCACCGGCUCGACGCAGCAGCCCACCAUCUGGGCGUACAACCUCCAGCCGGACUCCAACAGCCCCGGUGGCUGGAUGUUCACUCACGGCAUCAAUCGUGGCAGUGUUGAUAUCAACUUCAUGACCGGUGACGCCAACGUUGUCCCCUAUGGACUCCCACGCACAUCCAAGUUUAUUCAUGGUGCCUCCAUGACUUUUGGCUAUAUGAUUAUCUACCCGGCGGGCGCCUUUAUCGGCCGCUACUGCCGGUCGAUCGACUCAUGGCUCCAGUACCACGUACUCUGCCAGAGUAUCUCAACCGUCAUCAGCGUGGCCGUGGCCAUCUACCUCGCCACGAGCUUUACGUUCCCCUGGUGGACUCUGACCCAUCGCCACACCAUCCUCGGCAUCACGCUCAUCACCUUAGUGACCUUCCAGGGCUUCACGGGCUUGUUACACCGUCUCUCCAUGACGAAUGAGCGUCUCGCUUCGUUCAAGAAACCUCUCCAGGUCUACCAUCGCUAUAGCGGCUGGGCUAUCAUCCUUAGCGCAACGGUCCAGGUUGGCUUCGGCAUCCAAAUCCUGUGGCCGCUUGAGGUCGCGUCGUCGGGCCAUGGACAGCUCGCCUUGUUCUAUCUCCCCUGGGCCAUAUAUGGGCUUAUCAUUGUCUUCUGGAUCGUCCUCUUCACGGGGGCAGAGAUUAUCUAUCGCACGAAGUUCGUCAAUCGCGACAAGAAGCUCUCAAAGUCGGCUCCUGCCACUGCCGAAUCCAGCCAAGACAUCAAGAACCCGCUGCUGUUCUCCAACAACGUCACAGAUGGAAGCGAGUAUCCCGAGUGGACCUGGCAGGAGAUUGACCAGCGCGUCCAACGUGGCGAGCUACUGGUCGUGGCCGACGGCACGUACAUCUACGAUGCCUCCAAGUGGCUCUCGUCGCAUCCUGGUGGACAGCUCGUCCUGCAGUCCGUCGCCGGUACAGACAUCACCAACGACUAUUUCCAUGAGGCGGGCUUCGACACAGAGACCUUCAUUGCCAACAAUGCCAUUGUCGAUCGUGCCAUGUCCAACAUCACGCGCUCACUGCCUUCUGAGCUGAGGCGUGAUUUCGUCCAAAAUCCAGCUCUCCAGUCUUCCAUAAUGAGAGAGCGCAUCAUCAGCUAUCGCCCGUCCGUGAUGAGCGUUUCGCACAUGCAAAUGCUCACCGAAGCCGAAUAUCACAGCGUCUUCCGCGCCCGCCGCCCGCACGUCCACACGCGACUCGCCAUUCAGAAGCUCUCGUCGAUGCUGGUUGCUACGGUCAAGAACAGCGAUUAUGAGGUGUCGAAUCGCGAUCUUGCCCAAGACCCGUACGAGUACCGGCGAUACGCCGUCGUCAGCAACCUGUGUGAAACAACUCUGACGACAGGCGAACCCGUCUUCAGGAUGAAGUUCUCGCAGCUGUACCCUCUAUACAGCCGUUUCCGAGAGGCCGAGCCAUUCCUCCCAGGACAAACAGUCGAAAUCCAGAUCCGAAUCGACGGUCGCCCCCAGACUUGCUCGUUCGCCCCCGUGAAUGGUAACACGUCGGUCUUUGAGAUCCUGGUGCCCUCGGGCGAAAGCAAGUUCUUGAAAGUCUUGACCUCCCAGAUCGCAGGAGAGCGCCAGGUCAAGAUCCGUGGACCCUUCGGAGCACCUCUCGUCAGCCCCAGAGCCCCGAUCAAUGCCCUGGGUGGAUAUUGCUUCGACUCGAUGAUCAUGGUAUGCGAAAACAAGGAAUUUUCGCUGGCCCUCCAGCUCCUGAGCUACCUGUUUCUGCCGAAAUAUGUGAACCUGAUGGUCAACACCCCCUACGUCGCCCAAAACUACGACCAGCUCACCAUCCAGCCGGGCGACUUGAUUCUUGUGCACGAGCACUACUACGACGGCUGGGCCAGAGGUGCGCUGGUCUCGACGGGCCAGAUCGGCUACUUCCCACUGGGCGUCACCAACCCGUACUGCGGCAACAUCGUUCGUCUGAUCAUUCUCCAUGAUGCCAACAACGCCAAUGACGUCUAUGGUGCCAACAUCUUGGAGGGCGCUCAGUGCGCCUACCCCGGCAAUAUCUCGGUGAUCCACCGCUUCGAAUCGGACCGUCCGCCAAUGUCCGCCCAGCAGCUGGAUGUCAUUGCUCCUGGACAGAAGAUCUGGGGCAAGCCCCGAGGCUCGAUCAUUCGCAGCGUGCUCGAUAACCCCACCAACGGAUUCUCUCGCGCCGGAAUCCCGCCCAGCGACGAGUACCACAGCCAACGCAUCUUCGUCUGUGGCGGCCCUGAGCUGGACAGAUUGGUGCGAGUCACUGCCGCUACUCCGGAGGUUGGCAUUCCCCAAACCGAUAUUCUUACCGUCGUAAGCCGAUAGUGUGCACGGCAUCACGAAAGGCCGCCCUCCCUAUUAUGUUCUCUCGGCUCUCGCUCCAUCCCCCCCCCCUGCGUAAGCGUAACUGGAUGCACUUCCACUUUCCCGACAUCACAACGUACAACCGACCAAGUUGGGGACAAGCGACAGCGGCUGUUCUUGGCGUUCACACCUUUGACCCAUCAUUAUUCAUCAGUGCCCAACUCAAGCAGUGCCUUUUUUUCUCUUGUGGAGCUUCCAAUACAAUGCCGUUACUUUCUCUGA